AUGGAGAGAACUGAACAUGUUUCCAACCUCAUGCCUGUGGCCUCCCAAAUUGAGAGAGAGGCUGAGGCCGACCUUGUGCCAGGUACAGAGGUCAUGACUACUAUAGUUGGAGCUCGAUCCGACAAUCAAGGCUCAAUCGUCCUUAUUCCGAAGCCAACAGAUGAUUUACACGAUCCACUUAACUGGAGUACCUUGUGGAAAACAUUGGUCAUUGUCAACCAAGGCAUCUUCGUGAUCACUAGCGUCAUUCCAACACUGUCCAUAGCGCCAUUGACACCGAUCUUCAUGCAGCAAUGGCAGAAAUCAUUGACUGAUGUCGCUUUGUUGACUGGAGUGACUGUUAUUCUUCUAGGCUACUGCAACUUCAUCAUCAUCCCCAGCUGCGAGAUUUUUGGACGACGAGUAACCCUCCUUGUCUGCGCGAUACUGAAUAUUGGUGCUUGUAUAUGGCAAGCGACGGCAACGUCGUAUGGCUCGUUCCUAGGCGCCCGGAUUCUCGCGGGGACCGGAGCUUCUGCAAACGAGAGCAUCAUGAACGUUGUUGUUACUGAUAUUUAUUUCCUCCACGAGCGCGGUAAAUAUGUUGGGUCCUACUUCUGGUGCUAUUUUAUGGGACUCUUCCUCGGUCCCAUCAUCUCAGGAGCUGUGGCAGAGCACGUUUCCUUCAGAGUCUUCUUCUGGGCAUGUACCGGCGCUCAAGGGCUUAACAUAAUUGGACUGUUGUUCUUCUUUCCAGAGACACGUCGUUCGCGAGAGCAGAGCCCUGUUCCAGGUGUCUCUGUAUCUGAGGAAGCCGCCGUUGACAAUGCGAAAAUAGAAAUGGGCUUAGGACAUGCCGAAUUUGUUGCCUCUCCACAGAUUCAGAAUCUUCAAACCGAGAUUCGGGGGAGUGGAAGGCCUAGCCGUUCCCAGUUUGGCAUCUUUCAACGCAUCGACCGGACCGCCUGGCGAUCGGUGGUCCGGCACUUCUUCACGCCAGCAUAUAUCCUUUUCUUUCCCAUCAUCUUCUGGGCCUCGAUGUCGAUGGGAUCGGCGGCGAAUGCCCUCUUAGCAGUCAACAUAUUACAGUCCCCAGGCCUCUCUGCGCCACCUUACAAUUUCACACCGGCGCAGGUUGGAUAUGCUAACUUUGCGCUCGUGGUUGGAGGUGUAUUCGGACUUGCCGUAGCUGGACCAUGGUCUGAUUAUGUUUCACAGAGGGCAACGAUAAAGAAUAAGGGUAUUCGGGAACCCGAGAUGCGACUCGUGGCCUUGAGCCCCUUCAUUGUAGCCGUCAUUGUUGGACUAACUGUAUUCAGCGUUGGUUUGCAAGACAAAUGGCCGUGGCCCGCCAUCAUCAUCAUCGGCUUUGGCUUUGUAGGUGUCCAGGUCGUCGCGAUUCCUACCAUCACCAUUACAUACGCCAUUGAUUGCUAUAGGCCGAUAUCAGGCGAGAUUAUGGCUAUUGCAACUGUUUGCAAGAACACUUUUGGAUUUGGGAUGACAUAUUUUGUGAAUGACUGGGCUACCGCAGACGGCUUUGUACCACCAGUCAUGCUUCUUAUGACGAUGACUGCUGGUUUCACAAUGGUGGGCAUGAUCGCAUUGAUCUUCUGCGGCAAGAGCUGCAGGCGCAGCACGCAGAAUUCGAAAGUGCAUUCAUUUUAG